GAACCCGCGAAAAGUCAGGCAUCCGUUAAUGCGAUUAACACGGUUUUCGGCGCGAAACGAUUAAUCGGGCGCGCGUUCGAAGAUGUUGGCUUGCAAUUGGACUUGCGUCAUUUGCCAUACAAUGUUAUAAAUCAUAAUGGAUGAAGGAGUUGGCUGAAGUGUAUCUUGGGUGUAAAGUGGAUAGUGCCGUUAUAACCGUGCCCGCGUAUUUCAAUGAUACUCAACGCCAAGCGACCAGACUUGCGGGUGAAAUCGCUGGUCUGAAUGUUAUUAGGAUCAUUAACGAACCGACGGCCGCUGCUUUGGCGUACGGUUUGAGCAACAAUUUAAAGGGAGAUCGCAAUAUUCUCAUUUACGAUUUAGGUGGUGGGACUUUCGAUGUGUCAAUUUUAAAUAUAGGGGAAGAUUCGUUGUAUGAAGUUAAAGCGACUGCUGGAAACUCAAGAUUAGGUGGGGAGGAUUUCGACAACCGUUUGGUUGCGUAUUUCAUUGAUGAUAUACGGAAAACACAGGGGAAGGAUAUCAGAAGCGCGCGAUCGCUCAGACGUCUUCGAUUCGCCGCUGAAAAAGCGAAACGAGCGCUGACGUCCGCAUUAGAAGCGGUUGUUCACAUUGAAUCGCUAAGCGACCGAACGGAUUACAUUGGAAGAGUAACACGCACCCUCUUCGAACAACUCUGCUCGGAUUUGUUUAAAGAUACACUAAUAUCCGUCGAAAGGGCAUUAAUGGAUGCUAGGUUGCAGAAGACCGAUAUCAAUGACGUCAUAUUAGUAGGGGGCAGUACGAGAAUACCGAAGAUAAGGGAGAUGCUCACAAAUUUCUUUGAUGGUAAAGAAAUAACGAACUCCGUUAAUCCAGACGAAGCGGUCGCAAGCGGUGCAGCGAUUCAAGCGGCUAUAUUGUCCGGGGAACAGAGUGAGAGAAUCAAAGAUUUGUUAUUAAUCGACGUGGUACCAUUAUCUCUUGGCGUGGAAACCGCCCGUGGUAUUAUGUACAAAGUUAUAAACCGUAACACACCAAUACCUUGUAGACAGGUUAAGGAAAUAACGACUUUAGAAGAUUAUCAGGUCAGCAUGACGAUUGAAGUGUUCGAAGGCGAGAGAUCUCUGACGAAGGACAAUCAUUUGCUCGGUGUCUUCGAACUGCACAACAUACCUCCAGUCCCGAGAGGUGUUGCGAAAAUCGACUUGAUAUUUGACAUAGAUGCAAACGGUAUACUGACUGUUUCCGCGAACGACCGAAGCACGGGACACCAAAAAAGCGUUACAAUACAAAACGUUAACAGACUAGCGCAACAGGAUAUAUGUCGAAUGAUCGCUGACGCUGAACGGUUUAAGAACGAAGACGACGAAGACAGACGACGAUUGGAAUCGAGGAAUCAACUAGAAACAUACAUUUAUAAUGUCAAACGAUCGUUCGUGGAGAAUUUGGAGAAAUUGAGCGGUGAAGAGUGUGCUGAUAUGAUAGGGGAAUGCAAGGACGCUAUCGCGUGGCUAGAUGACAAUCCUGAUUGUUUGAAAGAGGAAUACGAGAGGAAAAUGUCGGAACUGCUCAAACGUUGGUCGUUGAGGAUAAAGAAGUUUGAUCGUGCGAUGCACAGAGCUAAACGACAGAGGAAUUGUUCUACGGAAACAGAAAUGCAACAGACUACAAUUGAAGAAGUUGUAGAUGAAAAUAUAGCCAUAUAAUUAUGUGCUAAU